AUGACACAAGAUUUGAUUGAAACUGGUGUGAUCCGACUGGGUGGAGUCGGCGGUGAGAGCGCGACCGACGAAGACGAUUUGAUCCUCGCCCGACUCACGAUUCGUCCACCGUCUCCGUGCAAUGUCGAGUUCGUCAACGCCAAUAUCAUCGUCGCCGGAAAAUCAUCAAUGCGCAAAAACACCCCCAGCAGAUCCAAUCGGUCGAUGGCUAGUGGGCAAGGAUUCAUGAGUUCAUUGCUACUGACCAACUGCCGAGUGAGGAACCACUCCUACGGGACGGCGUUGAAACGGCCAUUUCCGUUGGGUCGGUUGUCGUUCAACGAUGCCGCGACAGAAACGUUCGAGUACCCCUCUGAGAAGAGCUUGCUUGACGAUCACCUGGUUGAGUUGUUGGUGACCACCACGAGGGGUGUUCACGUGAACGGCGGCGAUGCGGGGUCGACGAUUUCCAGUGCCAUGGACGCCCGCGACGGCGGCGAUGCCUCCUCGAAGACCAGUCAGAAAACGUUCCCUGGCGCCGUCGCAACGGGCUCGGGACAACUCGAGCUGUAUUUUAGUGGGAUAGACAAUUGUAAUAAUGUUUGCGGCGGCGCGGAGCUUGAUUUGUAUCUUCGACUUGGAGUAGAUCAAACUUGCUGCACCUAG